AUGAAGCUGAAGGAUGAAAAGAUCAAUCUUUAUCAAACUUUCAUUUCUGGUGCAAUCGUCAACAAGCUUCAUUCAUCUUGGAUGCCAUUCUCCACUAACAUUCAGAGAAGGAAAGGACAUGUGACUCUGUCUGAUUUGAAGAGGUUUAUUCGGAUCGAGGACGAGAUUUGGACUCACACGAAGAAUGAGCUCCUUGCUAAGCAGAAAGCAUCUGCGAACAUGGUUGCUACUAAGUCUGAGAAGGAUACUAGUUCUUCUUCCAAUAAUAAUAAUAAUAAGUUAUUUAACAAAAAGAAGAAUCAAAACCCAAAUAAUCUAAAUGUUCAGAAGAAAGAGUUCAAUAAGAGCAGCAAAUGCUUCAACUAUAGGAAGCAAUGA